CUUUUCCUGAGGAAGGAAAUAUCAGACCAUUGGGAGUCCUACUUUGUUCUCUUCGAGCUACUGAGUUACUGUGGUGAGCUUCUGCAGAGUUUUGACACGUGUUUCAGUAAACCAAAUUAACCAGCCUUAAUUGAUCCUGAUACAUAACAAAUUAUAAUCUAAUUAGACAAGCAAUUCAGCUUAAAACUCACUGUUGAUAUAAGUAUAGCUUCAUUUAGAUGUGUAAGAUAUCUCAGGUAAAAUAUGAGUUUCACAUAGGUCAAAAUGAGCAUGAACCUCUAAGAAACAGUGAGUCAGCUGAACAUUUUGCUUUGACUCAGUUAGGUUCUUGUUGCUAUUUGCCCACUUUAAGAUAUAAAUAAGCCAGCGGUGAGUAUGUAAGGGAUGAACAAAUUUAGAAAGUCCAAGGGCCAGCAAAAUCUUGGCCUCAAAUGACCAGCCACUGAUGCAUUACUGAUUUGUUGGCUAAGUCAGAAUGACAGAGGAAAUGUGUGUGCAGGAGAUAUAAACAGACAGAAAGUACUUCAGAAUAAAACAACCAAAAAUCCGACACAACAGGAGGUUGACAGCAAGAAGCAUGAAUUCUUAGUGCUUCUGUAUACCCGGGCAGCUUUAAAGGCACCGAGCACUGACUUUGUGGUCAAACAGUCGUUUACAUACUUGAUAACACAAGGGGAGUGAGGAGAGAAAAGGGAGUGUUAUUCUUCAGAGAGGCGCCAAAAGGACCACUGAGACAGUCAACAAGAGGGGGCGCUGGGCAGAGAGAACAGAACACUCUUUAUUUUCUUUACCACUUUUACAGCUAUUUAAGAUGUAUAUGUAAAAAAGUUCUGACUUGGAACCCCAAAAGAUCCAAAAGACUUCAAGACCAAAAAGUCCACUACAAAAAGAGGAAAUAAAUGAAUGAAGCUUGUGUUGUAUGUGUUAGCUGCAGCUGGUUUGGGCCUCCUGCUGCAGGUUUUAAAAAUUACACUGUCUAUAUAUCGGUGGAUGUUAAAACACAAGAGGCAUUUUUGUUGCAUAUUUACUUCCAUUGAUCCCACAAAGUAAGAAAAUUUUAGAUUCCAUUGACUUUUGUAAAGGAUGAAAAUCUGAGCCAGCUUUAAAAUACUGACUCACCCAGGCUUCAUCAACCUCUAUCCCUGCACAAAUACUGGCCUGAUGACUGUACAGUGUAUGGUGUUGUUGUCUUUCACUGUUUCACCGUGAUGGCGUGCUCCCUUUUUUUCACAGUUUUUUCCCUCUUCUGUGGAGUUAUGUCCCACUUCCUUCCACUUAAACAGACACACUUCCUGCAUUUCACGUAGGCCCAUAACAAGAGUCUGCUGGAGGACAGAUUUGUAGAUUUGGUUUGCAGCCAACCCUGACCCUUAUUUAAGUAAGGCAGGAUGGGGCUUUGAUUGUUCACAGUGAGAGGAAUGAAAUACAAUUUAAUCAAUAGAAAAGAAAAAUAUCCCUUUGUUUUGAACUUGUAAAAAAAAUUAGCAAUUCUACGUGUUCCUACAUUGGACAACAGUGUUCAUUGGUUCACUUUACAAAUAACAUUUAAGGAAGUGGUUUAAAAGUUGUAUAAGGUUCUUGGGAAUGGUUUCAUACCCACAUUUUUGUGUUAUCACAAUUUCAGUCGUUUUCGUCAGUUUUUUUGUCGCAAGCUUUUAUUUUGAAAUGAUCUGCGGCAGGAUGAUAACAAAACAGACAGGAAAUGGCGGUACUUCCGGAUUCAGACGCGCCAAAAAAGAAAACAGGACGUCCAGGCAGAAGUUUGUGUGUUUACUUUCCUCCUGGACCCGUUUUCUGUGGAAAACAAGUGACAGCCGGACAUUUGAGGGUAAACUUUAAGUUCCGUAUUCAACUGUAUUAACUUUGCUGUUGUUUGACGCUGAAUGUGAUGGUUUUAUUAAAAAAUAGCUGAUGUUGUUAGUUCCUGUUGACUUGAUGUUGAUGGUACAUUAAUGAAUGUUUUAAACUUAUGCUAAGAAACAUGUCAGUUUCUGCAGCCUGAGUUAUUUGUUACCUUUUGAAAAGUAUCCAGAAUAGUCAUUGAUAACCUUAUAAAAGCUCAUUUUGUAACAUACUUGUACUGUACUGUACUUUUUGUACUCUACUUUACAUAUUUCAUAAUAUACUACUCUUUACUACACUACAUCAAUUACUUUAUCUCUUUAGUAUUGAAACAACUCAAGUUUUUUGUGUUCAUGGAUGAAAUACUCAUGUAUUUUGUAAUUGUACCAUUUAUUGUAGUCCUACGACAAAUUGUCCAUAUUUUUCUGAUGCUCCACCAAAUACCAGCCUGUCAAAUCUCUAGGUCUUCAAAUUUUCAUAGACAUUUCUGAGUUGUUGAUAACUACUAGAUCUAACCCUUCCCUGGGAUAGUAACAUUUGUUUGACCUUAACCUUAACCUAGAGGCUCUAGGAUGAGGAAGUGGGAGAACCGCCUAAAGAAGGUCGAGCAGCUCGCUGAGUCGUUCCAGCUGAACCCGCUGACUUCUCGAUACAAACCUCGGCUGUGGCCAUGCCAGCCUUCCUCCAUCUGGAAGCUCUUCCCUCGGCAAAGUAUGGCCAUCAGCUUCACUCAGAGCUGCAAAGAGGUAACACAAGAGACAUGUAGGGCUGUGUAACCGACCUAUGAAGGGAAAGCGCUGAUAUUUGUUCAAUGCAUUCUCAGGCUGUGCAUAUUUUUGCACUUGAAAAAGAGGAUACACCCCAGGGUCAAAGGAUCUACCUGGUUACCAGUUACACUGAGCUCUGGCAUUACUACAGGUAAAUAUCUGUGUGCAAAAUGACACACUUCUUUUAUUUCAUUCAGAAAAAGUGCAGCAGUUCACAUGAAAAGUUGUUUGACCCUCUUUUUUUUAAACAGGACUUACACACAGUCCUUGAUGCACUGCUAUGAGGUGAUACCAGAGGGUGCUGUUUGCAAACUCUACUUUGACUUGGAGUUUCACAAGCCCUCAAACCCGGCAGCUGAUGGGAGAGCUAUGGUGUCAUCACUCAUCCAGGUUGGCAAUUUUAAUUGGUAAUAUUCUCCCACAAACAGUUCAACGCUGUUUUUAAACAGCAGACAAUAAGUGUAAAACUUGGUUUCUUAUGGCAUAUAAAAUCAAUCCGAAGUGUAUUGAAUUCAAAGGUUUUGAUAAAGUCUCUCUUCUCAUGUGUUUAAUGUGUUGACAGUAUGUUUGUGACAAGCUUAUGGAAGUUUAUGGGAUUAAAUGCUCUUCCAAAGAUGUCCUCAACCUGGACUCCAGCACAGCAGAAAAGUUCAGCCGGCAUCUCAUCUUCAUCCUCCAGAAUGCAGCCUUCAAGGAUAAUGUACAUGUGGGUAUGUAUGUUCUUUGCUAAACUGAGAUACCUAUUUAUGUGUAAUUUUAGUUAGUCGUAAAUACUUGAAAAAUAUCCUUACAGUUGAUAUAUUCUGUCUGUUUUGUUUUUACAGGCAGGUUUAUUCACGCAAUUCUGCAACCAGUCCUGAGCCCACCUAAAAGCAGCGGUUUGCUGAAUGCUGGGAUGAACUCAGGGGCAGAAAAUGGUGAAAUAAGGUUUGUAUUUUGGACCUCUAUGAAUAACCUUUUUUUUUUUUAUCUAUCUUUAAGUCUUUGACAUUUAAUGUUCUGACAGCAGAGUUCAUGAUGUGCCUGAAGAAAAGUCAGAUGAGCUCGCUGAAGGCCCACAGAAGAAGAAGUGCAAGAAAGAUGAAGCAGACUUGAGUUUCCUCCGAGUCAAAAACAAAGAUGGUCAAGACUGCCUCUUUGUGGAUCUUGGUAGGAGUUUUAUUAGUUUGUUUUCCUCACAUAUCAGCCUCCUAUUAAUAUCCUUAUUUUUUAAUAAUUUGUAAACUUUGCCAGCAUUUAACCUGUGAAGAUGUACGAUUAUAUUUCAACAGGUGUUUACACCAAGAACAGAAAUUUCCGCCUUUACAAGUCGUCAAAAGUGGGAAAAAAUGCUGCAUUCACAGUUGCAGAUGACAACAAGUUUACCGCCAAACCCGAGAAAGGGGGUUCUGUUGAGGAGAGUGUAUUCUUGGCUUCUUUAGUCUGUAAUGUGAGGUAUGUUGAACCAUUUGAACUCCACUUUUCUGCUUCCUGAAGGCGUCACCAUCACUGUAUUCAAGCCUGUUUCUGAUGUAGUUUCACAGGUCAGAAGAUUCUUUCCUGGGACACGCCAGAAAUGAAGGAAUCGAAAACCUUGGGGACUCAUAGCCAGCAAGGAUCAGCCCAAAUACCAGGUAACAAUGAAGUGAUGAUAGACACCUCUGUUAAUAUUCUUAUGUGUAAUUGUUUUAAGUCUGUGUUAUUUAGGUUCUGUUUCUUAUUUAUCAUUUGCAGACUUGAUCUCUGGCUACCUGUCAUCCCCUCAUCAAGACGUGGACAACUUUGUUUUAACUCUGGUUAAAAAAGAUGGCAUACAAGGAAGUAAGUGUUUCAUAAUUCACAGUAUGUGUUUUUACAGGUCUAAUCUGAGACAGAGUAAUGUAUUGUUUGAUGUUUUGUGUGUCAGAAAUGUAGAGAAGAGUUUAAUACUUCAACACAGCCUCAGUUCAGAAAUGUUUCAUUUCAGCUGCAGAUAUCCUGAUUGUUAUCCUGCUCACUAAAUCUUUGACUAUUUGUAAAGUUUGUGUGUUUAAACUCUAAUUUGUUGAGUAGGACUUUGCUGAAUGAUUAAAGCUGGUAUAUUCACUUUAACAGGCAUUAGACACUGGAACUACUUCGCCUCUGAGCAGCGGAUCGUUUAUGACAUCGCAAAAUAUCGCUGGUGUGAAAACGUGGAAAGGUUUCACAAAAGCAACAAUAUCAUGUAUGUUUUUCAUUUACUGUACAGUUUAUUUAUUUUUGUUCUCUGUGUAUGAAUGCAUUUGACUCACCUGAUUCGGUCCCUUUUUUCUGCAGGAUUGUUGCGGAUCUCAAAGAGGAAGUGUGGUACCAGAAGUGUCAUGAUCCAAACUGCAAGAACUUUAGGUCCACAAGUAUGUAUGUGACCCUACAAGCAAACACUUUGCACUCUUUGCACUGAACUCAAGACCACACACAGGUUAUAACUUUUACAACUCUGGUAGCUGAACAUGUCUGAGGUGACAAUUUCUGUUUCAGGUUACCCUCUCCCAAGAGAGAUCUGCGUCUCAUACCUGCUGGCACUGGUUUGUCUUCUUCACAGCUUUACUAGGAGAUAUAUUACCCAGAAAAUCCCCAAGAUGUUCUUUACAACCUGCAGCUGUGUCUGAACAUUUUAUCUCUUCACUGACAGGAUGAUGAAGACCAGGCCUACUUGAUGGAUGACUGUGGCAACAUUGAGCUGAGCCAGACACCAGAGCAGACUCCUCGGAGCACAGUGCAUCCAGAGAAGGACUCAGCUGACGUGUGGGAGGACGCACAGAAUGACCAGGACUUUUUAGAGAGCCUUGAGGACUUUGAAGAAAACAGUGGAGAAAUCUCUGAUCAGCUGCUGCUCAAAUGUAUGGCAGAUUUUGAUUCCAAGUAAGAGGGUAAGGUUCAGCUAGAAAACAUGAAGGAUACUGGUAACACUUACAUCCUGCUAUUUUGUACUCAUAAUACAGUAUAAUCUAUUAUUCAUAGCCUACAGGUGCACCAUGAACGGAAAUGUACAUCUAAGUACUUGAAAUUAAUUAAGGGUCAAACACGCCUUAACACUGAGUUAGACACCCCCCUCGAGAGAUGAAUGUUCCUGACUGCUUACUUCUCUAGUUAUACCAACUUUAGUAACAACCACACAAUAGCAGUACACAGCGGUCUGAGGAGCCAUAAACAAACCUCAACCAAAACGCCACUCUAUAGCCACAAAUAAUGCUCAGAACAGCACCUAACUUCAUCAACAGUACAUAUAGGGUCACAGCCAUAGCACUAGCCACCAAACAGCUUUUUAGCUUUGCCUGAUUUUUUUGGCAAAGAGACUAAAUACAACUCACCUACUCUCUUCCAGCAGCCGCUUGUUUGUAAGGAGACCUCAGGCCAGUCCAUCGACCGCAGCAGGGUGACGCAGCUCAAGGAAGAACAUUUAUGAUCAUUGCUUCAUGGAAAUGUAAUCAGACCGAGACACUAAAGCAGAAGAACUAUCACGUCUGUAGUGCAAAAUUAUUAAUAUGGUGAUUAUUACUUCAAGGAAAUGAUAAAGAAAUUAACAUAAAUGUUCUUCCUUGAGCUGCAUAACCCCGCUGCAGUCGGUGAUGGACUCGCCCGAGGUCUCCCUACAUAAAAAAGCAGCUGCUGGAAGAGAGUAGGUGAGUUAUGUUUAGUGUCCUCACUAAAGAAAUCAGGCAAAGCUAAAAAGAUGUUUGGUGGCUAGUACUAUGGCUAGGACCCUAUAUGUACUGUUGAUGAAGUUAGGUGCUGUUCUGAGCAUUAUUUGUGGCUAUAGAGUGGAGUUUUGGUUGAGCGCGUGGCUCCUCAGACCGCUGUGUAUUACUAUCCUGUGGUCGUUACUAAAGUUGGUAUAACUAGAGAAGCAAGCGGUCGGGAACAUUCAUCUCUCCAGGAGGUGUCUAACUUGGUGUUAAGGUGUGUUUGACCCUAACAUAAUUUUACGCCGGAAUAUCCCUUUAAUGUAUUUAGCAGAAAUUAUUGUCUAACAGUGUGCAGUUUUAAUACUUUGGAAAAUUUUUGAGGUUAAAACUGAUUUUUGCAAAAGCAUCAAAAAAAUAUGAAAAAUGCUUUCAUUAAUUGCUUACAGCUACAUGGCAGUUUUAAUUUUAAUACAGUAUGUUUGAAGCUUUUAUAACCACACUGUUUCUAAGAGUUUCCAUGAUGUUUCUUUAUGAUAAAGACUCGACAAAGCUGUACUGUUAAAGGUAUUUAUUUGGUACAGUUGACAAAUGAAGAUAGUGUACUGGUAACUGCAGCACAAAAAUGCACUUUCGUCUUUUCAUUUUCUAAUAGUUAUAAAACAAUAUGGCUUGAAAUGUUAACAAAGCGUUGGCAUGAUUCAAUGUGACUAAUUCAGUUGAAAUAUUUCAACUCAAAGCAAAACUUUUUGUCAAACAGCUAAAGUGCUGCUCCGUUUCUCGAGAGUCCAGACCAUCCGUAAAAAGUUUACAAGGACAUGAAAUUAAUUUUGGAAAAACUUCACAUGAACUGUGUGUUUACCACAGUUCCAAUAAUAUUCACCCUGAAUACCUGUGUUGUGCAUUGUACAAAUGACAGUGUGCAGCUUUAUCCUGCAAACUGUGGCACUGAAAUGGGACACUUGAAAACAUCAGAACUGCAUCUACAGCAACAUUCAAUAGUUUUCAUGCAGUUUUAAAAGAAAACAGACACAACCGAAAAAGGCACAAAACAGCCUGUCGAGCAACAAGAUUCCCAAAGAGGCUACCACCUACAUUGUGCAUCAAAACAGGUUCAUCAGUCCUAUGACCUACAGCACUUAAAACAUAGGAAUGGGGACGAUACUCUGCAUACAAAUAGACUUCUCAGCAGAUACACUAUUUACAGGUUUAAUGAUUACAUUAAAUAUCAUCUUAAAUACAGGGCCAAAGCAUUAAAUAGUCUGGUAUAUAAAUACUCAAUAUCUGUCACUGUUGUCAAAGCGAGCUUAAAAGAUUUGUAUUCUGCAGCACACAAGAAUAAAAACUUGCAGAAAUGUUUUGCUGGACCUUUCCGACUGUGGAGUAUUCAGUCAUACUGAAAGUUAAGGCAGUUCAGGCAGGAGUUUUGUGUUUUUUCAACCUUAAAUAAUUUAUACCAGUCACAAAGAUGACAUAAUCUGCAAUAUUAACCCAGUCAUAGCAGGAAAAAAUUAGUGGCACAAUAUUUAGAUGAAUCAGGGACAGUACAUACUUCAAAUUGAGGGUUGUUACCACCUUGUUUUUUUUUGUUGUUUUUUAAGGCAACCCCCUUAACACGGUGCAGGUAUCCACUGGCUGGAUAGUUGAGAGAAUCCCUCCUUUUUUUUAGCUUUUUUGUGCUCUAAAUGAUUGUCUCUUUCUAAAAACCGUUCCUCACGUCCACCUUACAUCUUAAUUUUGGCGUAAAGUUCAUCAAUGAGCUCUCUGAAGCGGCUCCGCAGCUCAGCCCUCUUAGCCUUCAAAGUGGGCGUCAACAGGCCGUUUUGGACGGAAAACAACUCUGGAUGUAAUGUGAUAUCUCUCACCUGCAGAGGAGAAAAAGCCCAUGAGAACAAGGAAAUGAGGUAUGGUAAUAUCCAUGUAUUAUUACAGCAUUAUCCUAGUUUUACAUUUUAGAUAUAGUUUAAAACAUCUUUUAUCAUUUUUUAGCUCAAGAGGCUACAAAGUCUUCAAGUUUAGAUGUUUUCUUUAGUCCUUUUAAUGCUUGAAACCACAAAUUAUGGUCAGAAAAUUCUAUUUUUUUGGAGCUGAAAUGUUUAUUUCACUUUCGACUGAAAACCAAAAAAAUUAAAAUGAUCUUAAAAUUUAACAAACAUAUUUAUUUAUCUCGUUUGAUACAUUAAAUUUUUUUGGAAACUGAUGAACCACCAGAUAUUUUUAUCAUUUAUCAGACUGUAUUCAGGUGUCAUUUUAGUAAUUAGAUGAUCAUAAUGAUUUGAUAUAAGUAUCAUAAAAGUAUGUAUCAAAUAUGAUACAAAAGGCAAUAAAGGGUUAAAAUGCUUCACAGAAAAGCAUCCAGAUACAAUUGACUAAUUAUAACUUCUACAUUUUUGUAGAGUUGAGCGAGACAUUCACUUCAUCUACAAUUUUAAGAUGAAAAUAAUACGUUUCUAACCACUUGAGAAGAUUUUAAGACAUUUCUUCGGCCACAUUAAGUUAUUACAUGUCAUUAAUCACCUGCUCAAAAGACUUGAGUCCAGCUUCUUUUCCCAGCCUGAGCAGGUCCUCCAGUAUGGCAUUCUUCACAUCCUAAAACAGAAAGAUGUUAGCAUGCAGGAUAAAUGGCGCUUUUUCUUUGUACUGCUGAUAUGAAGACAUCUCACCAGGUUUUUGCAAAGUUCAGAGUAGGAUCCUUCAAUCCCUUUUUUCUUGAUCCAAAGAGGCAAAAAGUCUGGAUCAGGAACCACUACCCCCACCAGACAAGCCUGAACAACACAACACAACACCAUGACAAAAGAUCAGUGCGACAGAAACUGAGCAGCGCUGUCCCAUACAGAAAGUCUCAAAUGUAUGACUCACCUGUAAGCUGUCACCAUGAACAAAUAUCUGAGCUACUGGAUCACUUAGACUGUAGACCGUUUCUAUUUUCUCGGGGGCGAUGUAUUCUCCUUGUGCCAGCUUGAAAAUGUGCUUUUUUCUGUCAGUGAUCUUCAAAGUGCCGUUCUGCAACAAAACAGGAAAAGACAAGGACACAUGGGAGUUACAACCGAUGCAUGUCCUGCACACGGCAGAGAUCAGAAGUGCACUCUUUGUUUCGCCUACCGGGAGCCAUUUCCCAAUGUCUCCUGUGUGCAGCCACCCGUCUUCAUCGAUCGCCUCUGCUGUUUUCUCCGGAUCCUUCAGGUAUCCCUUGAAGACAUUUGGUCCUUUGACACAUACCUAGAGGGGCAUAUGGGGAGGAGUGUGAAAAUUACAUUUUCACCAUAAGGCACCUUUUGAUUGAUCAAAUUUGACAGACUUGUGUCAUGUUUUAGCACUUAGACAUUGAUUACCACAGGGCAGUAUUUACGUUUUUUAAGUUUUUUCUUGUGCACUAUAAAAAAGCUAAAUAUCUUCUCAAUAAAUUGCAACAUAACUUGAAAAUUCAGUCACAACCUUUCUUAAUUCUCAUCCUGUUUUGUUCGUGUGGUGAUACUUUAGUAUUUUAUGUAAAAACUAUGGUGAAAAGAGUGAAUAUGGUUCACAGUCUUGCGAUAAGAGGAUGUUACUGUUUUCUAAUUUUCAACAAAUGCUGCUAUGGCUUAAUUUAAAAAAACAAAAGUACUUUUUCAGGAAUCACAUUUCCCAGCUAGAAUGGUUAUUUUAAUGGUGUCUAUCAGGACUUAAAUUAUUUCAUCUAAAACUGAAAUGAUCUGUAAUACCAGAGGACUGAUUCACAGUUUCAAACCGCUCAAAAACAAAAUGUCCAAUUCGAUGCAUGUUUUUGAAUGUUGAGGAAGACUCUCUUCUCACCUCUCCCUCUCCGUUGGCUGCCAGAUAGUUCAUUUCUGCCACAUCAACCAGUUUAAGAGUAUUGCAGGGUAGAGGAGGUCCGACAUGACCUGCAGACAUGGAAUAUCAAGUUAAUUUGGUUCAAAUAGAUGAUGAUUGUGCAGAAUUUAUCACUAAGCCUGAAAAUAAAGAGACAAUUUGUUGAAAACGUUUAGUUGCAGGAUUCUUACACAAGUAUGGAAUACAUUUGAUCACCUUCCAGGUCUUAAAAUUUAUGGAAAAUUAAAAAUCAAGUGGAAAAAUAUUUAUGUUCCCAGAUUACCACAGUUCUAAAAUACUAUUGUCUAAAAUAGAAAAGUAAGUAUUUCCAAAAAGAAUUCUAAAAAGUAGGGUACGGAUAGGUACGGAAAUAUCAAAGGAACCCUGUAGUUCUUACCUGCGGUCCAGUCCCCGGGCAUGGACAUGGAGCAGCCAGCGGUGCAUUCAGUUUGACCGUAGCCUUCAUAAAACUGCAGUGAUAGGCAUAUUUUUAAUGACAUUUGUAAAACCAAGACAAUCAUAGUUUUUUUUUAUUAUUAAUAAAAAGAGCACGUGGAUGUGGCUCACCUGACAACCUAGUGCAGCUCGUAAAAAGGUCAGGAUGGUUGGAGAAACUGGUGCUGCUCCUGUGAUCAUGAGUCGGACACGUCCACCCAAACUUGCCUGAACAGGGUGAACAAACAUAAGACUCAAAAUAAGAAAUUCAGACUCGACUAUUAUUUUCACAUGACUGUUAAAUAAAAAUUGAAAAUAUUGUAACUUAAUACCAAAUUAAACACAAAAUCAUAACUACUCUACUGCGCUAAUCAAAAGUAUGAUGAGUAUUUAAGAAGCAGUAUUGGCUGAAAUUUGGUCGAGCUGGUGAAAAAGGCAAAUUAAGAACAAAAUGGAGUUGGCUGGAAAAGGUUAGGCCAAGUUUACCUGCACUUUCUUGAAGAUAAGUUUGUCCCACAUGCUGUCUCUUCUGACCACACCACUUUUAAGGUCUGCCUCCUUCCUCCUGAAAGCAAAAUCUAGCAGCCAUUUCUUCAGAGGUGUGUUUGCUUGACUGAAGACCUGUGGAGAAAUCGGACAGAAAUAAUCACGAGUGUCAUAAAAACAUGAAAAGCAGAGAAAUUGAAACCGAAGCUAAAUUAGUCAGUAAAUAAACAGAAUAUUUAGAAAUUCCAAAACAGCUUAAGACUUUCAGAACAAAGUACAUGAUUGUUAAAUAAAUUAAAAAAAAAGAGACUUUGACUGACCUUGUCAAACAUGCGGUUGAGGAGACGUGGGACCACAGGAAAGACUGUUGGCUGCAGUGUUUUCAAAUCAUCCAUCAAAAGUCUAAUGUCUCCUUGAAAGUACCCGAUUCGAGCGCCAUGAAUGAGGAUGACACCCUGAUGAGGACAGUUUAUUCUUAGUGCAAGUUAAAUUUCACCCACAAGAGGGCAGUGUUUGAUUUCACAUCUGAAUGAAUACAUUUGAACAGUAGCUCGAAUCCGCUCCUGAAUUUGGUGCAUUCAGAGACCGUGACUAAUACUGCUGCAAAGAGGUCGGGUUAAAAGCCAGGUUCCUCUGAAGUGUACAGGACAUGAAGUUCACUGACACAUGGAAGGCAGUUUUAGUUUCACUUCAUAACACACAAGUAAACAUUGUCCUUCAAGAAGUUUAAAUGCUUUUGCCACAGCACCCAGGUCCAAGAUUCAGUGCCACAGCAGCAAUUUUGGUGCUUGAUUUCAAUGGUUAUAAACAUGUCGUCAGCAUCAGCAUUUCAUUUUUCAGUCAAAACACAUCUCACUUGGUGUGAUGCAAACUUAAAAAGGGAUAUUCCGGCAUAAAAUUAAGUCAGGGUCAAACACACCCUAACACCAAGUUAGAUACCCUCUCGAGAGAUGAAUGUUGCUGACCGCUUGCUUCUCUAGUUACAGAAGUUAGGAUCAUAGAUGUUCUUCCUCGAGCUGCGUCACCUCGCUGCAGUCCGUAAUGGACUGGCCUGAAGUCUCGCUACAACAAAGCAGCUGCUGAAAGAGAGUAGGUGAGUUGCGUUUAGUCUCUUUGAUAAAGAAAUUAGUCAAAGCUUAAAAGAUGUUUGGUGGCUAGUGCUGUGGCUAGGACCCUAUAUGUCCUGUUGAUGAAGUUAGGUGCUGUUCUGAGCAUUAUUUGUGGCUAUACAGUGGCGUUUUGGUUGAGGUUUGUUUGAGGCUCCUCAGAACACUGUGUAUUGCAAUCCUACAGUUGUUACUAAAGUUGGUAUAACUAGAAAAGCAAGCGGUCGGGAAAAUUCAUCUCUCGAGGCGGUGUCCACUCGGUGUUACGGUGUGUUUGACCCUAAAGUAAUUUUACUCUGGAAUCUCCCUUUAAAAAUUAAAAUUGGAUUUAAAAAAUGUUUAAUUCUCAGCACCAAAAUAUACAAACUGGACACCAUCAAAUGUCACUGAAAUCAUAAACACAGGGUUCUUCAACACCCCAGAUGGCUCAGUUUCCUCUUACAGUUUCAGAAUAAAAACAUGUUAGUUCCAACACAUACCUGUACAACCCUCUCAAACAUGUGAGCUAGGGGGAGAUAGGAUAUAUGAAUAUCACGGAGAUCCAGCAUGCAGUGCACCUGCAGGAGACACACAAAACAAAACACAUGCAUGUUUGCAGGUCACACAUGGUGUACUGUACCUCCACCACCCUCUCAAACAUGUGGGCCAAAGGGAGAUAGGAGAUCAGGACAUCUUUAUUGCUGGGCUUCAGUGUGUCCUGGACCACACCAUACACAAGUACAUAGAGGAGGAGAAGGAGGAGGAGGAUGAAUGGGGAAAAAGGAGAGGUAACAGAGGCAAGUAAGAAAGGAAAUAUGAAGGAGAUCAGACAGGGUCCGUCAAACAGCUCAGUGCACAUUUAUCUACCCUGAGAUCUAAAUUACAAGAGACAGGCAAAGGGAGAUGUAGAAGCAAAGGUGAGGAUGUUUCUUUCAGCACUUCAUACUAAUAUAAAUGACAACCUUUGCUGUUAUUUACAUAAUAAUGGUUUAAAUAGGGGUGAAGGAGUUCAGGAUAACUCUCAAUAAUAUUCAAUAUCUGCUCUUUGAUAAGAACAAUAUCACAAUACAUCCGUGCUGUGAUUGUUGAUAGAUUGCGGGAUGGUGGUAAAAUGUUACAUCACCAUAUCUGAUUAACUGAGUAAUAGAAAAAUGAAGAUAACCUUAUUGGGGUCAUGAUGGAGUGACUCAAACUGGAAAAGGAAUCUGGCUGUAGUUUUUUUUUCUUCUUCUUACUCUGUAUUUGACAUCACCUCUAUGAUAACUGUAUUUCAUAUUUAAGGGUGGCAGUGUACUGCAGUGUUGGUACUUAAACUCGACACUAGUAGUUAAACAAAUGAAGUGAGUAGAGGCGGGAUUAAAAAAAUUAUUCACAUAAUUAUUACGAUUUUUUGUUUUACAAUUUUUUAAAUCAAUUUUUAUGUUAAAAAAACACUUUUUUUUUUUUUUUUUUUCAAAUUUAAGAAAAAAUCUUAAAAACUGACUUACAUGUGAUGUGUAUUUUUUGGGGAAAUAUGGUUCCUGGAAUAGUCAGGAGACAAUCCAAUGCUGCGUUCGAGUUACCUUGGAAGUCAGAUGUCGGAGCUGAAAAUGACGUCACACCCAAGUUCCCAGUGUUUCAGUCACCAAGUCAGAAAAAAGAAAAAUUGGAGGCCUUUUUAGUGCUUGCCUUAUAUUCGGACAAGGCAAGCGCUAGAAUUACUUUUGUAGAUGUAGCCAUCUUGUUUCAGGCCUCCGAUUUUGCUUUUUUCUGACGUGGUAAGUGAAAUGCUGGUAACUCGGGUGUAACGUCAUUUUCAGCUCAGACCUCUGACCUCUGAGGUAACUCGAACGCAGUAAUAAUCAUUCAACUGUUUCACUGGUGUUAGAAAUGCAGACCAAAGAUCGAGAAAAUUGACAAUAUUGUAGAAUCAGAAUUUAACCGAAUCGGCACCAAAAAAAUCGUAGAAGAAUCGAAUCGGGAGAAAAGCAUAUCGUCCCAGCCCUAGAAGUGAGUGGCCCUAAAUUUGCUGCUUCACCUCGGAGUAGACUGAACUUAAAUCUCAUCGUGACUUGACUUUUGGAGGUAUCCCCAUUUUUAUCAUAUCACAUAAAUAUUAACAGAGGACACUGUCCAGAGAGACUAAGUGAGUGAAUCAAACCAACUUCCUACCUUUAAAAACAAAAAAGCUCCAGAGUCCAACCUUCAUGAUUAAACAUGUUAUUCAUCUUUAAAUACGUUAAAUUUGACAUUUUUCAAGUCAAGCUCCGGUGUUUGUUUACCUGGGUUAUUUUAAUGAAAGCGGCAGUGUUGGAGAUUACAUUCUGGUGAGUAAGCAUGGCACCUUUUGGAUUUCCUGAAAGGGAUAUGAUGGUCGUGAUUAUUCAUGAGGUUAGAAAUAAAAUAACAUUAUCAAAAGGUUCAAGUUGUGGCAGGUUGUGUGAUUACCUGUGGUUCCUGAUGUGAAGCAGACAAGUGCGAGGUCUUCUGGUGUAGGAGGCUGUAAAGAGACACAUCUACACUGAUGCAUGUGACGGCUAGACUCUAAAUGAGUGAGAUGCUUUAUGGUGGAUCUUUGUAAUUUUGCAUGGGUUAAAAGCUUUUAUCCUUUGAGAGAUGAAACAGAUGGUUCUUACUCACCAGUGGUUUCUGGUGAUGUGCUUCACCUAAGGCCUGGAAAAAGAAAUAAUGUGACAUGAGCUAUGGUUUGUCUGCAGGAAGCAAUCUUAUUAUCUAAUAAACAACACCUCAGGGCCUCGUUUCCAUGAAGCUCAAAACAGAACGUGACUGAACCGCAGUGUAUCGCAAAUACAAUCAAGAGGAGCCAGGGCAAAUUUUCAUUUCCGUCCUCCAUGCUCAAUGAAAAUGUGUUACACCGUACAACAGCUUUGAAAGAUCAACAAAGAAAAGGAGGAUUAUGUUAUUCUCACUUCAAAUUCUUUUAAACUCAGAAUCUCAAUCCCGUUCUCCUGUCCACGGGUCACCAGGUCGCUGUCGAACGCCUCUAUAAGCACAAUCGUCUUCACAGUUUUUCCUUUUCCUCCAACACAGUCCAGAAUCAUCUUGGCUUUCUCAGGGACGUCACAAAUCACAGUUGCGAUAGACGCUGAAAAAAAAAAGACAGCACACAAUUUCAAUUAGCUUGUGGCAUGAUCUAGGUAGGGGGUGUUUGUGCCAAAGGCUGUGUGUUUAGGCUAAGUGAGUGACGAUUCCCCUCUGUGCACCUUUGUCAAUAACAUAGCCAAUCGCCUCUCUGCCGAGCGUGUCGUACAAAGGAACGGCCACCAAGGAGUAUGUGUAACAGGCCAGCUCUGAUAUGGUCCACUGAGAGACGAAACAGGGAAAAAAAUUUGACAUAAGAAAAGAUGAAACUGUGGGGGUGAAAAGUCGGCCCCUAGAUUUAAAACUGUGAAGGUUGCCUCAGGGUGAAGGCAUGUGUCGUACCUCUGGUCUGUUCUGGGAGAAAAUGCCGAUGUAUUUGUCUCCUGUGUGAGAGUGUCCUCUGUGGAGGAGAGCUGAACCGAUAUGCUCGGCUCUGUCUGCCACCUGUGCAAAGCAAAUGAACAGAUCUUAUUUAAAACGAAUCUUAACUCAGUUUGUGUAGCAAACGGACAAAUUCUAGAUGCCUCACCUCUUUAUAUGACUGCCACUCGUACGGCUGGUUUGGUUUCCUCGAUCCCAGACAAGGACCAUCAUCUGCAAGGAAAUGUAGAGCUCCCUUUAAUGGUUAUGUGAAUGACGAACUGUCGUUUCAAACCUUCAAGAAGGCUAAUAUUGAUCUUGUAUAAGAGAUGCACUCACUUGAUACCCUGAGCCCUCGUAGGAACACCUCAUAUAUUGUGCGUGCGUCGCUGUAGAAGUGUGUCAUAAGCUCGUUGCCGUCGUUUAGUACAGACCUCCUGGCACGCUCACCCCCCUAAACCAACAAAACUCAAAGUUCAAACAAGCACUGACUAAAUUUAUAAGAUUAAUUACAGAGAUUUAAAUUUACGAUUGUUUCUCCGUGAUACACUGAGUAACAAACAAAUAUCCUUCACAGUUCUCGAUCAGCAGUUGACGAAAUAAGGUGAAGAAGUCGGCCAAAGCAGGUCAGAGAAUUUUAACGCUGAGAGCGCCACACCAUGAAGUCUGAUUAUCCUUAUAAGACUCAAAUUAGCUUUUUUUUUAACUUCAAUUGUAAACAUCAUUUAAUCAUGAUGCCCAAACUGAA